UUCCCGAAACCCGGCCGAUAUUACCACCUUUCCCGCCCCCCCCCACAGGAAAUCCCGACGAUCAUCAGCAACGAGGAAUGGGUCAACGGCCUUGCCGAUGAAGCGGUUUACGGAAAUCAGAGAUCUGCGUGUUAUCUGAAUCAAAACCGCCAGAAACCGUCGUUAAUGUCGUCAUUGUCAUGCGCAACUGUGCCAAGAAGCGCCACGCCCAGCGUGCCUUGGCUCCGGUCCGCCGAGGCAGCGCUUCAAGCCAUACUUGCAGCGCUUAACGGCACCUCGCCCUGCCAGCUGCCAUACGCUUCGAAAAAAUCCAACUUGACAUGUCAGGAGCUGAUACUUGAGAUCAAGAAGGUGUUCCGCUGUGGGACAUGCGAGUCCAGUCUCUCGCUUGACUUUGUUCCCGCGCCUGACAGCAAUGCCAUCCCCUCCAUUCAGUCCGACCACAGAAAUGCGCUGGUGUACGUAAAGGUGCGGGACGCGAGCGAUUCGUUCACGACGUUUACGCUCCACGUGCCGCCGCUGCCUGGUGGUGCUGUUGCGUCGCUGGUCUCGAGUUCAACCCUUCCCAAGCCCCCUGCUGUGCGACGCCGCACGUAUGCUGACACGGUAUUCGGAUCGGUGAAAGAUGUGUGUGCAGCCCUUCCGUUUGAAUCUCUCGAAGCUAUUACACACCGAACGCGCGUCACGCAGACGGAGGCGCCGGCUUUUCGUGCCGGCGAGCAGCUCCAAGUGCCGGAAGAUCUGGCCGUCGAGUACAAGAUUGGUCCAACUGGCCUCGGACUCGCCAUGGAUGAAACAGACCUCCUCAAUUUCCUGCAGCACAAGCAAGGUCUGCUCGAGCCUCUGCUCAAUGCCGCCUCGAUGCGUCUGUCGCUCGGCGUGUCGGAUGAUUUGUUCGUGGUCGGUGUGCAUCUUCAGACCUCGGCAAUCGACGUCGUCCUGUCCCAAUGGCUCUGGAAACACAUCAUCCCAAGCCCGCCAGAGCUGGGCGUUGAGCUUCACCCAAUCAUCUUGCCUGUAACAACACCAGCCACCAAAGUCACCUGGCUCUCGCCCGAAAAAGUGAGCAGCUUUGUGAUUGAAGCUCGCGGAUGCGCUGCUCGCCUCAGCCUGGACAACAAUGGAGAGUUCGUGCCGAUGCUCGUCUAUGAAUCGGCGCCCCAGUACAAAGACAUUGCAGCCAGCACUCUGGAUCAACUUCACGCUGCAAUUGGGCGCGGAGAACCCCUUCCGCCCGGCAGGGUUCCUCCGGGCUUGAUGGAACUGCUGCAGAACGCGGCCACCGUUGACGACAUUCCAGCCAUGAUUGCUGAAUACAUUCAGCAGCGCCACGUCGUCGAAUUCACGCAUAAUCUCGGCACUGUCAACCCGCGCUUCAUUUCGUGCGAUCGCCAGUUUGCGCCUGUAGGGAACAACGAAGUGGCUCCCACGACGAUUCAGUAUCAUCCAGCCGCCAUCUGGCUGCGUGCCAAACCUCUCAGGCGGAGUACUCAUGCGCUCGUGUCAUCGCUAGGUACCGGCCGCCUUCGGCUGCGACAUUGGCCUCGCGCGACCACUGCGAACGCUGAACAGCAUCUCGGCUGUAAGCAGUAUUGGGUCUAUGAAUCUUCAAGCGAAAACAUCGAGCGCAGCCUUGCCGAAACCAACAAACAGCGGCAACGCAGUCUCGAAGAUUUCUGGGCCUGCUCCCCAUUCGCACCGGCUGUCAUCAUAGUUGACGCUGACGAGCACGUCUGCAAGGCGCUGACGGCUCUUGCUUUCGAGGUGAAGUCGCACACAGCCGGGAACAUUGCCAUUGUGCUGCUCGUGCGACUUUGCGACGCGCCGCGUCUUCGCAAACUGGUCAAAAAAUUCUGCGAUGCACUGCCAGAAGGCGCAACGCUGGACGACAUCUGUCUCGCCGACGCACCCGCAGUCUGGUUGUCACCCGAUGGUGGCAUUUCGACGGCUCUACCGGAAAACACCACCCUUCAGGCAUUCGAGGUCGUUUGUGUACCGCCCGUGCAGCCAACCGACGUGAAGGCGCAGACCCUUGUGAAGUGGAUGCGCAGUGGGGAACCUGCGCCAUGGGGCAUGCUUUGUGCGAAUGCCCUUGGCCUUCGCUCGGAGUGCACGGUGCUUGUUGAUACUGUCGAAAAGUUUGCGUCCACGACCAGCCGAGUCGUUGUUCACAUGCUCAAGGGCUCGCGCGCCUGCGGUAUGACCACCGUUCUGCGCCAGGCAGCGCUUCUGCUGGCGCAACGCGGUCGGUUUGGCAGGGUGCUCUGGGCACGUCCAAUGACACACCCUUGCCCCCUAGAUGAAACGCGAGUCGCCGACGAGAUUCGUCGCCUGCUGGUCGACUCAGACGGUGUUUCGGUGCUAUUUGUGGACGAGACAGCUCAGCACGUCAUUCCGCUCGUUCCCGAAAAUGCUCGCUGCGUUCUCGUGCACGUUCCCGUCAAAGGACAACAUGACCAGCAUCCAAUUUGCAUCGCACCGCUAUUGGCUCGGGACGACGUGCGUUCUUUUUGCGAGCCGCUGCUUGAGCGCUUGGACCGCGACUCGCGCAAUGCACUCAAGCACGUCCGCGAUCGCAAGGACCCACACCCGGCCGAGCGCCACAUCCUCAACUACGUGUUCGCCGCGGUCACAGCGUCGUCACGCUCCGCAACCGCUUUUGUCUCAGACUGCCUUGCCGGCUUUGCCGACGAAGCCCGUCCUCUCCUUGCCCUCUUCGCACUGGUCACCCUCUUUGACUUUCGCGGCGAGACCUGGUUCAAUCGCGUCAUGGCCCAGCCUUUAACGCAGCAUCUCGGUGUCAAGCAGCUUCUGCGCGUUACCGACAGUUCUGUCACGUUUUGGCACCCGCAAAUCGCCAUGCUGUGUCUGUCUGAGCUCUUCUUGCAGAGCGGUCAGCGCGAGCUGAUUCUGUGGGAUGACGAGCGAAUGAAGCCAGUCGCUCGCGUCGACUGCCACCAGAUGCUGUGCGAAGCAUUCGAGUGCGCGGUCAAGUCUGCUCUGCAGGUUAUGCCGUACAUCGACGUCCAACGCAUGAUUCGGCGUUUGCUAUUCGACCGUCCGGUGAAUUACGCUUUUUCUUUGCUGGUCACUUGCCUGGACUGGUCGCCCGACGCCGUGCCAGCUUACGAUCGCAUGUGUGAAGCCGUCACGAGAUACCUCAAUGCUGACGACCGCGUGCACAUGUUCAUCCAUCGCUGCCGGCGUCUUCGUCUGCGCACGCCGCGGAAGGACAAGAAUCAGUUCUAUGCAGCUGCGUUGUUGCCACUCUCCGCCAAGGCCGUCGAGCUCGCGGGCACUGGCCGUUUGCAGCCGCUCGCUUUGCACAACCAAGCGAUGUGCUUGGAAGACUCGGAGCAACUUCCUGAAGCUCUUGAAGUGCUCACCAACUUGUGGAAUGCUGACAAGCUGCCGAGAACCGCGUCCGCGACAGUUCACCAGCACCGGCGCGUCAAAACGGCCCGUGUAGGCCUUCGUAUUGCUGAAUUGCUUGGCGAGCAAGCCGCUAUUGAUCAGUGGAAGGCUCGCCUCGAUGACAGCGACCCUCCCGCCGCCGCUGAUUCGGAUGACGACGUGGACACUCUCCGAGCGACCGCCGCUAGCCUCGACGAGGAUGUGGACAGUCUCGCAGCUACCGAUCUCGUUCCCGAUCCUCCGGCUACAAGCCUCUUCCCCCUUAUUCUCCCUCAAUUAUCCGCGUGUGAUUAGCCCUGGAUGUGACCAUAUUCCAAUAUUGUGCUAGAACCCAUCGCUUUGCAUUCCC